AUCAAAACAAACAAAGGUAGAUGCAUUAAACAGAAAGUACAAAAUUUAAAAUCAUUCAUACCUCCAAAGGAAAAAGAAACUACCAUCGGAAGUACACCUUUGAUAUUGCAAGUUGACGUUAAGACAGCAUUAAGAUUUAAACAAACAAGUAGAAACAGUCCUAAUUAAAAAGGAAGAGAAGAAGGUAUAUACCUUUAUUUCAUAUUACUGAGAAUUGUGUUCUGUUUUUUAUGAGGGAAAAAAAAGAAAAAAAGAUUGUAUGUACACGUGUGAGGAUGUCGGUUGGGGGAGGGGGGCGGGGGGACCAUAAUAGUAAAAGAGAAAUUAAUAUAUAAUAAGCCAAUCCAGUUGCAGCCUAAUUCUUCCAUCUUCCUCUACUCCCAUGAUGUAAAAACUCAAAAGGCAUUCCUGGUUUCAAAAUGGAGAUAAUUUCAACUAAGUUCUAUUGUUUUCUCUAUAGGCCCUAGAGAUAACAAGAAGCCAAAUAAAAUCUUUUUCUUUAUUUCCCUAUUUUAGAUCUUAAACUUGGUCAGGUCCCUCCUAUACUACUCGGUCUUAUUUCACAAAUCCUUUCAUUUUCAAUACCAAACUUCAACAUCUUUCUUUCUUCCACCUAUAAACAGCAACACAAAUUAACGUUAAAACCCUGCCGCGGAAGUAGAUUGAAAGUGAUCCUGAUGAUUUUCCAAUCUGUCACACAUAAAUACGCACUCGUUUCCUUGAGUUCCCGAACUUUUUUCUGCUGAUUUCAAGGCCAUGUGGCCUAGCAUGGUAGCUGGCAAGAUCCUUGGAGAAAGAGUGGACAACAACAUAUAUGCUAUGAAUUCUGGAGAAUUGUCCGCAACAUUUGUAGAAAGUGAAAACUCAAAUCAAGCAUCUUUCAGUCCCAGAAAGCCUUACAUUGUUCAAGAAACUUUCAAAUUGUUUGUGAGCUCAUGGAACAUUGGAGGCAUCACACCACCAGAUAACUCGAGCCUUGAGGAUUUUCUGGGCACACAAAAUAGCAUGGCAGAUAUAUAUGUUUUCGGGUUCCAAGAAAUUGUGCCCCUGAAUGCAGGAAAUAUUUUGGGUUCCGAGAAUAGCAAGAUUUCCUCAAAAUGGAAUACUCUCAUAGAAGAAGUUCUCAACAAGAGAAUGGCAAUAGAAGGCAGACUUCAGAACACAGAUAUUGGAGAGACUCCAAAAGUGCAUCCUCUAAAAAUGCACAAUUCUACCAACUCAAUUGCUUCAGAUUUCCAAUGCUUAAUAAGUAAACAAAUGGUCGGAAUAUAUAUUACCAUAUGGGUCCGAACUGCGCUACAUGGGUAUAUCAGUUAUCCAAGUGUUUCCAGUGUAGGUUGUGGUCUCUUAGGAUGCCUGGGAAACAAGGGUGCAGUUUCUGUCAGAUUUUGCUUGGGGCAGACAAGUUUCUGCUUUGUGUGUAGUCAUUUAGCUUCAGGUGGGAAAGAAGGCGAUGAGAAACAGAGAAAUGCAGAUGCAGCACGAAUACUGUCACAAACACAAUUCCCUAGCAGUCCCCUCCGAAAGUUGCCGAGAAACAUCCUAGACCAUGAUCGGGUGGUUUGGCUUGGGGACUUGAACUACAGGAUAAACCUGCCAGAGGCUGCCACAAGAUCCUUAGUACAGAAUGAGAACUGGAGCAUCUUAUUACAAAAUGAUCAGCUGAAGGCUGAGCAAGCAAAAGGUCAUGUCUUCGAGGGUUGGCAAGAGGAAGAAAUUGAGUUUGCACCCACAUACAAAUACUAUCAAAAUUCAGAUGAUUAUUAUGGAUGCAACCAGAAAAUUAAUGAGAAAAAGAGGCGAGCUCCUGCAUGGUGUGAUCGAAUAAUUUGGUAUGGCAAGGGACUGAAACAAAUUCAGUAUGAUAGAGGGGAAUCAAGACUGUCUGAUCACAGACCAGUUCAAGCAAUUUUCACAGCAGAGGUUGAUGGAUUAAACUUGAAAGAGCCAGGCAGCUUCUUGUCAAACCAUUUGACAUAAUGCAUAAUUGAAUACUUCCUAUUCUAUUACCAUUUAUGUUUUCAGUGAUGCCCCCAGAAAGUUGAAACAAAAAAAAUCUUACCAUGUAAUAAAUAAAGUAGAAAAUUAGUCACGGUA